AUGAAAUUUUUUGGACUUCUCUUCAUCCUUGAAGGAUUGUUCAAUGUUUUCGGGGAGAACCUUCCAUCAGUUCCAGCGUGCGCUAUGAGCUGCUGGGAAAACACAAAAUAUGUUAGCAGAUGUUUCGACGAUUUAGCAUGUCUCUGCCGCGAUGACGGCUAUCAAAAUUCUGUAUUUCAGUGCCUGUACUCCCAAUGUGAUAUUGCUCACUCCAGCUCAGCCCUUCAUUACGCUAUAUCUCAAUGUUCUACUUUCGGGUCACAAGUCAAUCCGGGAGCACGCCCUAUAGCCGCCCACGAUUCGCUACGACGUAGGAUGGAGGCGGAAUAUCUGGCAGGGUCCUGGGGAAAACGUCAACAGUCGGGAGCUUCUGCUGUUCCAUGGCCCACGGAAAGCGCGAAUUUCCCUGUUGAGAGCGCUGCCUUUCUGAUUCAGAGCGCCAUUUUCCCUACCCAAAGUGCGAAUCGAGUCGCCGGAGCAAGUGCAAGUUCAUUGCCUGUGUCUCUCGACGUACGGAACAUUGCUGGGCUUCCCACCACCAUCGUGACGGUUCUGGUAACUCCUACUGGGCAUCUAGAUCCGUUCGCCUCGACUUCGAAGAAUUUUGACGCAGACUCGGGUACAGCUAGGGGGUUAGCUUGA